AUGGACAAGCAUUAUAACAAUGGUCUAAACAUUGAAUAUGCUUCUUUUGACAGCACUCGUACAGACCUAAGUGCAAACAGCAGAGAUGUGAUUAUCGCCGGUCAAUGGGUCGUGCUGGGGCGUAUUGGCGAAGGCUCAUUUGGUGAAGUAUUUGAAGCUGAAGACAUUGAUACUUUUAGACGCUACGCAAUCAAGAGAGAACCUCUCAAAAUGCGCCAUCCUCAAAUCAAGCAUGAAAGCAUCAUUUAUGAUGCAUUGGCUGGCGGACCUGGCAUCCCACAGUGCCAUUGGCAUGGCCAACAUGAAGGAUUCGACUGCAUCGUUAUCGACCUGCUAGGGCCCAACGUGAAUCAGCUAAAAGAAGCGACUCAAACCUUUUCCAUCGACACUGUCGUUGAAUUUGGUUGUCAAAUGGUGACAAUAUUAGAGCACAUUCACAAACGAGGCCUUGUUUAUCGAGACGUUAAGCCAGACAACUUUUUAUUUUCGUCUAAAUGCCAUUUGCCUGAAGCAGAGAUGGUCGAAAUAUCCGACGAUCACGGUAUGCCACAUAUCAAGUACGUACAUCCAACGUGUGAAGAGGUUUUUAAAAAGUGGAAUGAACCGCAUCCCAAGCUCUACAUUGUCGACUUUGGAUUGACGACAUGGUGGAGAGAUCCUCGCACAGACAAGCCUUACCCAGAGGUCAAAAGAAACAUCAAGAACAAGACAGGAACAGCAAGAUAUGCGUCAUUGAAUGUUCAUCGAGGAAAAACGCAUGCUCGUCGUGAUGAUAUAGAGAGUCUAGGCUACUUACUGCUGGAUUUGGUAUUUGGGACAUUGCCUUGGACAGGCAUCCAGGCACGCAACUCUCGUGCUGGAUGGGAUAGAAUGAAGCAGAUCAAGGAAGAUACGUUUAUGGCCGAUCUAUGUGCAGGCCUACCACAGGGAUUUUUGGAGUUUAUUGAAUACGCUAGAAAGUUACGAUUCGCAGAGGAGCCCAACUAUGAUUUAUUGAGACAGUUCCUAUCUCAAUCGAUUCACGGUGGAAAGUACUCGGCUGUCGUGAGAUCGCCCUUUGGUGGACAUACAGAGCGUAAAUGGCUUCAAGAUAUCGACAAGGACAGCACGCCACCCACUCGUGCGGACAUGCCCAGACCAAAUACCAAUGUUAAUCCUAUGGGUCGACAUCAUUAUGAAUCACCUUCGUAUCAAGCAAAAACGCCUCCUCCACAGCCUAGACAAAGAAGAGCGUCUUACAAUCCUCCAAACCAUAGACAUCAACAUCAGCAACAUCAACAAAAUGACGAUGUUUUUGCCAUGGAUGAUUUACACAGCAAUUUACCUCAGACCACAUAUACACCUCCACCCCAACGGCUUGAUAAUAGAGGUAAUAGAGGAGCCAGAGGCGGCGGAGGACAUCAUCAGAGUGUCAAUAAAAGAUCAAGCCGCGAAUUCAGUCGCACAACACAUCAUGAACCACCUACAUCCGCCGGUCCUUCAUCAUUCCAGAAGUUAGUUCAAAAGAACAAGAAGAAGCAAAAACGAGUGGGAUGGAACUCUCAUAAGCACGAUGAAGCACCUUGGAUACCUACUACUGACUGGGAGCAGCCUGCUGUAGAGAAACCCGAUAUCAAUAUCACCAAUGCUUCAUGGGGCGAUGAUAAACCCAAUGGUCAAUGGGGAGACCAGGCCAAGAUUGAACCCUGGGGUAUAGAAGAAGAAGCAGAGAGCGGAUCAUGGGCAGCUACUGUUGAGAAGCCUUGGGAUUGUUAA